AUGGCUAAAUCAAAGCAAAUUGAGAAGUCACAUAUGCCCUUUUAUUGUAUUACUUUACUGUUUUUGCAUGUUGAUCCAGCCUUUCAGCCUGCUCCAUCCGAGUUAAUCAAGUCUAUAAACAUCACCAAUUCUAUCUUCUCUAUUGAUAAUCCACCCUUAAUCAAUAUCAAAUGUUCACCAGAUCAAAUGACCCCACAAAUUAUUAGCUCAUCCAUUUCUGGACUAGUUGACGAAUUCGUUAAUCUCUCUAUUGAGUCUGAUCUCCAAACUGAAUUCCCUGAGUGUCUGGAUCAUACUAAAAGCAAAUAUAACUUUACUAGGAUGAUUUCUUCUCUUAAUUCCUCUCAGCGAGAAAAUUCAGUAGAUAAUUUGGCUUCCAGAUACGUGCAGAGUCGUGACUCAGAAUCGGGAGUGAAAGAGCAGAGGAAAGAUAUGGUUGAGUGUGAAAUCGAUAUGGACAAUAGUAUUACAUUAGCAAGAGAGAAAAAGGAGUGUAAAGAAAAGGAUUACUUGGUGGAAGGACUAUAUCCACUAAAACGAACUAGGUUAACAGAAGAUAACGCAAAAUAUAGAACCAAACCUAAAAGCUGCCGAAAAACAAUGGCUAGAAAGGAAAAAAAUGGGGCGGAAGACGUACCCGAUUUGGAUAUCUCCAAUAUGAGUAAUUCGCUUCAUUCAUGUUCUCCUUUAGAAGAAUUCGGAUUUAGAAUUUCACAUGAGUUCUUCGUUGCGGCUCAGGCUCUUUUUUGCAAAGAACUCAAUCAGAAAUCCUUAGAUCCUACUCCUAAAAGGAUUAGCCGAAAGUCCCAGUGGCUAAUUGGUAAACCUGCUGACAGCAUGAUUUAUGGAAAUAGGAGGAAGGUUCAUUUGGUGAGACCAGCCACUAAAAUAACUCCCCAGAGUUGGCUUCUCACGGACACUCGUAAGGCGGCAGUCCCAAUACCUUAUUCACUCACGGAAAUCCAGGCUCACGACGAGGCAGUUUGGCGCUCCGUAGAGGAUUGCCGCGACAGUCGGUUUUAUCAAUAA